AUGGAGAUGAAAACUAUCGUCAAAAAGCGCACUGUAGCUGAAGAUAUGGAAAGGGAGAAUGGAAGUGAGGAUUGCGAAACACCUACAGGGUUAAACAUUCACGACGAAACGGAGAAUGGUGCGGAAUCGGUGGCCCAAGGCACAUUGAAACCAGGUUCGCCAAUACGUCCUUUGGUUAGUGAAGAGGAGGUGCGGAAACUGGCAGAACGGCUUUAUGGAAUCAUAGUACUAGAAAUGUGUGAGCUCGAUUCAUAUGAUGACCGUAAUUUCAUGAUCCAUGCAGAUAGCUUUGUAAAAAAUCCCAUCUUAAAAUCAGUCAGUACCAAUGGUUACGUGAUGAAGAUAGCAAACUCGCUCGAUUCCAGCGAUGAAUCUUUCUUCUAUGCGCAGAAUGAGAUCAUGAUGCAUCUGAACAAGCGUGGCAUCAAAUGUCCAGUCCCGAUGCAGAAUAUUUACGGCAAAUACCAUUCGGUUGAGAAACUGGGCCAAUUGAAUCAUGUCGUUCGGUUGUUGGAAUACAUACCCGGGAAGGUAUUUCACGGUGUUCCUCAUCCAGACAAAUUGUUUUAUCAAGCAGGACAGUUUAUUGCAAGGAUUGAUUCAGCAUUAAAGUCGAUCGAUAAAGAAAUGGUUGCUAAACGGCAGUCCAUUUGGAUGAUGGAAAAUUUUCCCAAAUUAAAGGAUUUUCUAUAUGUCAUCAAAGAUGAGCACCAUAAAGAUAUAGUCGAACAAGUACUAGAUGCAUUUCAACGUCGUGUUAUUCCUAACAUAAAUGAGUACGAACAGGGUGUUAUAUACGGAGAUUUCAACGAGCAUAACAUUAUUGUGAAUAAGAAAUCAUCCAACGUUAAGGAAUAUGAAAUAACUGGCAUUAUCGAUUUUGGUGAUGUGUGCUAUUCACGGUACGUGUUCGAGCUGGCGAUUGCAAUGGCCUACAUGAUUUUGGAAGCAAAUGAUAUAAACACUGGUGGUUUGGUAAUAGCUGGCUACAGCAUGAUUCGUCUGAUUCCUUUGCAUGAAAAAGAAGUUCUUAGGGUUGCAAUCGCAGCGCGCCUAUGCCAAAGCCUAGUUAUGGGACUCUAUACGGCUACUGUCGAUGCAAGCAAUCAAUAUAUCCUUUCCUCCCAAACUCGUGGAUGGAACGUGUUGGAAGCUCUUUGGGCUGAGACUGAUAAAGACCUUUUGGAGCGAUGGAAUUCAAUUGCCGAAGAAUAUUUAACACGAAGCUCGUGAAUAGUGAUAAUCAUGUUUGGUUCAAGUGGAAGGUUUGAGUCAAUUUUCACUCAAUCGUUAGCAUUAGUAUACACAGCAAUAGUUUCAAAACAUGCUUUAGGUGGCAACAAAUCUGAAACAUUCAAGUAGCAGAAAAAGUAGUAAAAAAACAAUUUUUAAUGUAAAAUGCUGAUGCUUUUUAUAGAAUUUGUGUGCUUAAAAUACGUAAUAAAUUUAUUGCCGGCAUGAUUUUGUCCAAUUUCCAAAACAUGUUCAAAAGUGUCAAAAGAUGAACUGAGAGUACUCUUAAUAUAUUGAAAGUAGAAUAUCAUGAUUUUUUAAAUUAAAGGAUCUUUUCCAGGCAUAUCAUUGUUUUGGAGGUAUUUUUUUCAUUUUUAUUGUUUCGACAGUCAUUAAGUCAGGUCUGGAAGGAUGAAUGAAGUAAAGUGAAUAAAUAUCGUCUUAAAAGAACGAUGUUCGAAUAUCACAUAUAAUUUCAUCCUUUCUAUUUACCUAUUUCACUAUCUUUUCAAAUAUUUAACUUCAUGUAGACUCGAAAACAUGUUGUUGAUUUUUUUGUAAAUAUGCAGAGUGAUCUUAACCAGUUAUUUGCUAUUUUAGCUUUUUUCCAAAUUUAUCUUAUUAUUUUAUGAUUCUUUAUGAUAAUAUUUUAUGAUUUUUAAACUACCCUUCACGCACGUCGAAUAAAAUCGCUAAAAUCACUGAUAGUUCUUUUUUUGGAUUCUUUCAGGUAGUCUUUUAAAUAGCUGUACUUCUUACCAAAACAGUGAACGAGCUGAUUUUGAUAUUUUGGAGUGUGACCAUUCUUGCACUUCUUGUACCGUGGCUAUGGAUGUCAGAGAUUGGUACAACUCUGUACAUAAGUUACUGUAUUUAUUGAAUGAAAUUUAAUGUACUCAGUUUCCAAAAUCUUUUCAACAUGGUUAUCUUCAUCUGAAAUAUUCGUAAGGAUUUUCAUUACACUCUCUUCAACGUAUUUGUUAUUUGUUAAACAUAUCGACUAUGAGCAUAUUGGUGUUAUCAAUAGUGCCAGUAAAUUUAAUGUGUUCGUUUUAUUGAUCAUAAUAUGGGUUUUAAUAUUUUCAAAUGUUCUAUUUGGUCAUAUUUAUAUUCAAAUAUUUAUGUGCUAAAAUAGUUUUUUCGAGUGAUUUUAAUUGACUUACUCUAUUUGUUUCUUAGUAUCUUAUAUGUUUCCCCAUGUUGUUCCCUAUUGCGUUUUAGAUAUGUUGUAUAAGAUUUGUCUCUUUUUUAAUUGGCUUAUUGUUUUGUGUACCAUUUACAGCAGUUUUUUUGUAGUGGAUUGUUUUUCGUAAACUAUUUUAUCCAUGGCAUAUUCGAGAUUUUUGAAUAAUUUGCUUGCUAUAUCUUCAAAAUUAUUGAUUUCAACUACAUUAAUGAAUCUUUUGAGUAUCGUUCCAAACACGAUGAUGAUGGCCCCACCCUUUCCCUUUCGUAGGUUCGAGAAGGACGAAAUUAUCUUAUGAUAUGUUGUAUUUAUUACCUUAGAAAAUAAUAAAAUAAAAUAAAAAUCUAUUUAAUUACGAGCGGAUGAUAUGAUACAUAAGAACUUGGCCAAAGAAUCCGAUCAGGUGUCACUAAAUCCAAUAAUCUGCUAUGGACUAACAAUUGUUCAUGGCCCACUUUAAGCGCGCGUGUCUCGAAUCUAUGAAAACUACAAGUUUUUGUUUUGUAUGUUAAUCUAAGUUUUUUUUCAGACCCAUUUAAUUGAAAAACAAAUUUCAAUUCUAUCAUCAGUUGAUGAAUGCGGUAGAUAUGCUACACAAAAAAACCUCAUUAAUCUAAAUACAUUUAUUAUUACUUAACACAGCAUUACUGAACAACGUGUCCAAUAUAAGAUACACAUUUAUUUUUAAAUUGUCGAAGAUAAACUGCAUUUACCUCUAAAAAAUGAAGAGGUUUGAACAUUUCAAGAUAGGUAGUGAGGCGUUAUUGGCUCAUUUGCUCUUCGAGUAGGAUGAAAGUCGGUUUCUCCAACAAAUUGCUCUCCAAGAUAUUUUGGUGACGUACCAUUUAGGACACAACUCUUUGCUAUUACUGAAAUCUAUUGUAAUAUGUUAAAUAGAAUAACAGAUGAAAAGUACCAAGGCCCAAACUAAACUCAUUUUUUUUACACGUUGUAAUCUUUGAAAUUGGAUUUGAUUCUCUAGAAAAAGAACAGUCGCACAACAAUCAAAGUGUGGUAAAAUCAAUGAUUUGUAUGAUUAAACUUUUGCAAAGAAAUUGAUGUCUUUAUUUAACCUACUAAUUACCCCACAUUUCUUAGCUUCCUUUUAUUAUGACGUAGUCCAUGUGAUUACUAAAAGUAAGUUUAUCAUCAAUAAUUAUUUCUAGAUAUUUAAUUUCAGAGACUUGUUUUAUUUGUUUCUGAUUGAUACAAAUUGAGAGCGGAUAUAUUACCAUUAGUUAUUUGAUAUUAUCAUGUAUUUUGUUUAAAGUCAUUUUUUAUGAUUUAACCAGCCAUCACCAGCAUUUCGGUCGAUGUUCAAAGGAGGCCUGCUUCACGUCACGCCUAGCAAUGAAUAAAUCUGUAUCGUAAGCGAAUAAAUUGAUUUCACAAGCACGCAAUUUUUUUUCUUGUCGCUAAUGUACAAAAUGACUAAAAUGAAUAAAAUAAUUCAAAUGCACGUUUGAAAUCCAAAAAUACUGCCAAAACAUGGUGCUUUUGAUCUACAAAACUUUGACCCACUUUGACAACAUUAGAUUGAGUGCCGUUUCACAGGAUUGUUCCUGUCUGUCUCCAGAUUGUUCAGGAAUUAAAACAAAAUAUGUGCAUCAAUUGAUUUCUAACUAAUAACUCUAAUAUCUUUUAAAAAUGUGAAGAAUGUUAAUUGGUCGAAAUACAUGAGCAUUAACUGCACCGGUCACUUUUUCAAUAGGAAUAACUUUAAACACCUUCCAUUCCCUGGGAAAGACACAAUUACUGAUGAUUCAUUUAGUAAUGAUUCGUGAUAGAUUUUUUUUUCUUUUAGUGAUUUUUUAAACUUAUCGUGAUAGUUAUUUUGAGCAUAGGUGCAACAUUAUCCAUAAUAAUGACGUCAUUAUGUAAAUUGCAACACCUUCCCCCGUAUGACGUGAAGGAGAAUUGCAUGACACCACUUUGUAACCAUUUGGGCUGUAUUGUUCAAAGGCUUCUUCAUCUACUAUAUGCAUGAGUUUAAGUAAGAAAUGCUGUACUGGGAUUUAAGCCUUCAAAUAUUUUUCGUCAAAAUAUAGUUAGUGGCCUGAUAUAUUAAGGCCUGAUAUAUUAAGACAAAUUGAUCUUUGAACAAUCAAUGUUUGGUUACUCAUCGAGUUU